UUUUCCACGUGCAUUUGAGCAUACCGAAGCACGCGUUUUUCAGAGUUUCCCGGUUAUACUAGUGAAAUAAUCCACAAAAAAUGGCACAAAAGAAAGUGAGUACCAAGAAGGCUGCUGGCAAUAACAAGCGCGGACCAAAAUCAAAGAAGGUUGAAGAGGAGAAGCCCGAAGUGAAAGUAGAGGCCAACGAAGAAGACUCCGAUGCCGAGGAGGAGCAGAAUGGUGUAAACUCUGACGAUGACAGCGAUGCUGAGGCUAAUGAUGCAGCAGAUUUGGUAGACUCUGAGGCUGAGGAAGUCGAAGAUGAUGAUGAUGAAGAUGAGGAUGAUGAGGAUGAGGAUGACGACCAGGAUCAGGAAGAUGAGGACGAAGACGAGAAUGAAACUGAACCUGGCGAGAUAUCAAAGGUCUCGAAAUCAGCCGCCGAAUCUGAUGAUGAUGACAACGUUCAGGAAGCCGAUUCUGACGAAGAACCCGAUGAAGAGCCAAUUGACAGCGAGAAAAAUAAAGCAUAUGGAGCCAAGAAAACUGGAAUUCCGAAAAUUACUAUCGGUCGCAUUCCACCCGGAACACCCAGCGAACAAAUCCUCUUCGUUCGCGGACUUCCAACUGAAUACAAGCACAUAGACUUGGUUGAAUUGUUUGCCAAAUUCGGUCCGAUUGCCGUUAUAAAUAGGAUCAAGUCAAAAGCUGGCGGCAACAACGUAGCCAUUGCUUUUGAGUCUCCCGAAUCUGUUCAGGCAGCUCUUGCUGCCAAGGAGAAGGCUUUGACGCUCAAUGGACAAGUCCUGACUGUGUCUCAAGCGUAUAAUAAGAACGAGCUCAAUGAGCGCACGGUUGUCGUGGGAUUGAUUGGAGCGACUGUUACUAGGGAACAAAUUAUUGCACAUUUCCAGGGCUGCGGGGAAAUUGAAACUGUUAACUUCUCCAAUAAUCGCGCAUUGCCUAGCGCAUAUGUGCGUUUCGCAUCGGUCAGCUCUGUGCCUAAAGCCUUAAAAUUGCAGGACAGCAAAUUGAACAAUCGUUUCAUAACGGUUCGUCAGGAGGCACAGAAAAACAAAUCUAUAAAAAGUCCAGCAUGCACAUUGACCCUUAUGAAUACUGGCAAUCAUGAAUCCUACAAAACCGAAUCCAUCGAGAAGAUCUUCAAGAAGCAUGGCGAGAUUGUCGACAUUGAUACGGUAUGCACACGUACGAUUCUGGCUUUUGUUACAUACAAGACAGCCGAACAGGCCGAAAAGGCGCAGAAGAAUCUAAACGGCAAAAAAGUGAACGAUCUGGAUAUUAAAUUGGAGUCCUUCCAAUACAGCUCCUCGCCCCGCUCAAUUGUUGUGACAAAUGUGGCUCCAGGUGUCGAAGAGCAGCACCUAAAUGAAAUCUUUUCAGAAGCUGGAGAAAUCGAGAGCAUCAAAAUGCUGCCCUACAGGGCAGUUAUUAAAUUCAGCAGUGAGGAUGGCUUCUGCAAAUCCUUCCUGUUUAAUGAGCGUCUAGUGCAGGGCCAACCAAUUUUCUUGGAGCCAAAUUCAAUUCUAAAGAUGAGAUUGCUCAAGAAGAAGUACCACGGAAAGCCUGGCUAUAACAGCAACAAUAACAUUACAAACCCGAGCAAGCCUUUCAACAAGCGCCCAGCACAGGAGAAUGGUGCCCCGCCAAAACAUUUCAAGAAGGCCAGGAAUUUCUAAUUUGUGUUUAGCCGUCUAGCAUCCCUAGUCUUAAGUUUGAUUUUAGUUUUAUAAGCUGGCAAUAAUAGGAGGUGUCUACGCCGCCUAUUCAAGAUUUGUGUUUUUGAAUACUUUAUGGCAUACUAAUAAAGUCGAGUAUAGCUAAUUGGUAA